AAUCGUCCAGACGAAUCUUCCUCAAACCAACAACCACAUCUUCCUACUCAAAUUUUGAAACUAGAAAUGCCUCCAAAGCUCCGUGCCCGUUCCACGUCUCGUUCCCGUAACGCUGUCUCAGCACCAUCAUCGGAGAAGAAAACGAAGAUGUCCAAAUCUCCAUCUCCAGCAAAAUCUGCAAGGAAGGCAUCAAAGUCUCCAGCUCGUGCUCGCACUUCAAACGUAAAGAAGACUCCAAGCCGUUCUGCUUCAAAAUCAGCGACUCGAGGCCGCACGGCUUCAAAGACUCCAAAGACUCCCAGCAAAACGCCCAGCUCCGCUUCUGCUAGAUCUCGUUCCCGCUCUCGCGGGCGUCCAACGAACGCUAGCCGUUUAUCGGCCUCAACUCCAUCAGCAUCUUCUACUUCCGUCAAAAGAUCUAGAUCAGUUACAAAGACUCCACGUGAUGUUGUGAAGACUAUUGAAGUUGCUGAUGAUGAAGAUGAAGUGACCACACCAAGCAGACUCCGCCAGAGAAACGUUAGAAAUUUGACUCAAGAUCCACCAGCAUCGAGAUCCCGCUUACCACGUGCAGUUCAUCACACAUUUGAAGGUCUUCCAGUACGCACCACCCGUUCAGCUUCAAAAGCCCAGAAAUCUCAAUGCUGUGCUUUUCUGACAAAUGCCAAAGCUCACGCUAUCUCCGCAUACAACUGGAUCGCUGCUCUUCUCUCCACAAUCUUCGCCUAUAUCCACUACAUCAUCACAGCGCCAUUCGUGUUCCUUCGCAAUCAAUGGCGUCUGAACAGGCCUGAGAAUAACUGGCUCGCUGCUGCGAUGAUCAUUGUCUUGUGCACAUCGUUCUGUGUUAUCUUCUUCCUUGCAUUCCCAAAGUUUGUAGACAGAUGCUACGUGUAUGGUCAGAAGCACAUCGCCGUGCCAGCUCAACGCUUCCAGCGUCAGACCUACUCGAAGAUCUCCCAGUGGUCUGGAGACCUUCAUGAUUGGUCGUAUGCCAAGUGGCAGGCGCUGAGCAACAAUUGGGUUCACGUUGGCACACAGACCAAGUAAAUUUCAUGUAUUACUAUUUUCAUUCCACUCCCUUCCCUCCCUCUUUUUUGUAUCAUGGCAAGGUUUGUAAUCCUGACGCGUGCCAGUUGAAACUGUCUCGUUACCCCCGUGAAUUUAAAUAGUUGGUAUUUCUCCUUGUAUCUUUAACCUCUUAUCAUCCCUUCGUAUAGGCAACUAUUUAUAACGUCACAGCUCCAACUCACGUCGACUCCCGCUUACCUUUUGAUCAUGCAAUUACUCCAAUUACAUUUCAAAUACCUCCUCUUUCCCCCAUUUUUCUUUCAACCACCCUGAAAUACUUUGUAAAUUUUUUUUCCAAAAUCCCUACUUCUCUACUUCUCUCCUCACUCUCUUCUCACUCCAAACCAAUGUUCCUUUCCGCCAACCCGUAUGACGUGCAUUUCUCGCAAAAUAAUUCGGAUCCUUUUUUUAAAUUUUAUCACAAAAUGACACUUUAGAUCUACACUUUCUUCCCGUCCCACAAAUCCACGUAUGCCUUUCUGACAAUUCAAUUGGACCUCUAUUUCUCAUACUUUCUUUCAUAUGUUGUUUCUCACAAAUUCUGAUGAAUUCUCUAAUGUUCUGUAAUAAUCAUUACUAAGAUAAUGAACAUGAUUGGAAUAAAUCAAUAAAUUCUUAAAGAUAA